AAAAUGGCGGCUCCCAUGACUUGGAGGAGACUGGUGUAUUCUGUUUACACUCCGGUUUUCUCUGGAGUUUUCUCCAGGAUUUCGGACAGGUUCUUUCGGAGACAUGACAAGAGACGAAGGUCAUCUCUGCUGCUUCUGGCACCUCUCCUGGCAGAGACAGACCAUAUCCCGCUGGUUCACUCCAGACCGCCUGGCUCUGCUGAGGGCCUCCACUCUUGCUUCCACUGGAUUGCUGACCAUGUGCCAGCUUUUAGGGUUCCAGGGGGCCGCGUUCACAUCCUCCACUCGCCUGAUGAGUUUUAUCAGGUCAUGAAGGCACGUAUCAGGACAGCCAAGAGUCGAGUGGUGAUGGCAUCCUUGUAUCUUGGUACAGGACAACUAGAGCAAGAUCUUGUUGACUGUGUUGAAGAGGCACUGGAGCGUUCUCAGGAAGAUACUGGUUCUGAUUUUAAAGUAUCAGUCCUUCUGGACUACACGAGAGGAUCGAGAGGGAAAAAUAAUUCUCGUACAAUGCUGCUGCCAUUGCUUCAGAGAUUUCCAGAGCAGAUGCGAGUGUCGCUGUAUCACACACCAGACCUACGUGGACUGCUUCGUCUUCUGGUGCCUGAGCGCUUUAACGAGACCAUUGGUGUGCAGCAUAUUAAAGUUUACCUGUUUGACAACAGCCUUAUUAUUAGUGGAGCUAAUCUGAGCGACUCCUACUUUACAAAUCGUCAGGACCGUUACGUGCUGUUAGAGGACUGCCAGGAGGUGGCUGAUUUCUUUGCUGAGCUGGUGCGAGUUGUGAGUGAUAUUUCGUUACAGCUUGCACCUGAUGACAGCGUUCACAUGAUGGAGGGGAUGGUGCACCCCUACAAAGGUAAUCGGGUAGAUUUCUCAGCAUCAGCAAAGCAACGAAUCAUGGAAGUAGUGAACACAGCCCAAGCACGACAGCACAUGCUGGAGUCAGAUUCUGACUCCAAUGUGGGACUUGAAGAGGAGGAAAGCGACACCUGGGUUUUCCCGCUUGUGCAGAUGAAGCCGCUGGGUAUCCAGCUAGAUGAGGAGGUAACACAGAGACUGUUGAUGGGGGCUGGCGAAGACUCCAUUGUUUACUUAACUUCAGGCUACUUCAACCUGACACAAACCUACAUGAGGCUGGUUCUGGGAGCUGCAGCAGAUUACCGCAUCCUCAUGGCUUCACCUGAGGUGAACGGCUUCUUCGGAGCCAAAGGGGUGGCAGGUGCCAUUCCUGAAGCCUACAUCCAUCUCGCCCACCAGUUUUAUGACAAGGUGUGUGAGCUGGGUCAGCAGGGUCGUGUUCACCUGCAUGAGUAUCAUCGGCCUGAUUGGACUUUCCAUGCCAAGGGACUCUGGUACUACCUAAAAGGAGAUGAACGACCCUGUCUUACUCUUAUAGGAUCCCCCAAUUUUGGUUAUCGUUCCGUGCACCGGGAUAUAGAAGCCCAGAUUGCCAUAGUUACAGAAAAUAAUCAACUCCAGACUCAACUGCAGCAGGAGCAGGAGAUGCUGUAUCAGAGGUCCACAGAGGUGUCAAGCUCCACCUUUCAGCAACCUGACCGCUAUGUUAAGUUAUGGGUAAAGCUCGUUACUCCUCUGAUUAAGAACUUCUUCUAAGAAUCGCCUGCCUGGAUCAUCAAAGUGCUUUCAGUCUAUAGCAGGAAUGGCUUUAACAAAGAUGACUGACAAGGCUGUGGACAACUCCUUGCCCCUGACUGGGUGUCCCAGCGAGCUCCUGUGAAGUUUUAACUGAAAUAUUCUUUUUUACUUCGUUGUGCAGACUUACCAAAGAGCACUGUGUAAUUCAUCCUUAUGAGCUACAACAACUGGAAUGCUUAGGUAUACUUGUAUUAAAUGCAGGCUAUCCGAGCAUUAAUUCAGUUUACCACGUCUAUUUUGUGCCACUGUUGUCACUGAAAUGAUUUUCUUAACAUUUAAUGCUAUGGACACAAGCAAGAAAAAUAUGAUAAAGAAUAAUUAAAUGUGAGAUUGAAAAUCAAAUAUAAGAAAAAGUGACAUUCUAAGGCAAAAAAACUUAGGCAAAUGGGAUAAAACAAUCAGGAUUGUUCCUUAUUUUGAUGACCUGAACCUAUAUCACAGGCUUAACAGGAGUCAAAAUUCUGCUCCUAUCGACAACUGGGGCCAAAUUGAGGUAAAAGAUACACAAAACAUCACACACUUGUUCUGAUUCUUCUUACUUAUAUUUUAAUCAGCACAGAUUUGAGACAGUUAACUGCCAUAUAUACAUUUAAAUGGUUUAAGUGUCUAUAAUUUCAUUUUAACGUUUUUUCUUCUUUUUCUUGCCCGAACCCUGCACAACUGCAAACCAAAUCAUGUCUUAUUAAGAUAUUUUCAGUUCUCCAUUAGCACCUUUCCUACUAGUUUUGGGGUGCUCACAUAACACAAUGCUCCAGCCAGUCUCAAACAUUUUUCAGAUGUCAAGCCAGAGAGCAACUGAAAGCUAGUGUAAAUGCUAUUAUUUUUUGUUAGCAUUGUUUGUCAGUUGCUGAGCUGUGGUUUAUGUUUUUUUACUGCACAGUACACAAAACAAAGAAAAAAAAACAGCUACUCAUCUUGCAGAGGUACAGUAUUCUGCAAACGUUUGUCCACACCUGGUCAGAUAUUAUGCUUUGUUGAUUCUCUAUGUAAAAUAAGUGAACAUUGUUAACGUACUGUGAAAGAAAGUUACAAGAUUAUUAAUAUUAAAAAUAUAAGAAUCAGAAAAUAAAUAGCACCCACAUUUGUUUAAAAAGUCUGUAUUAAAAAUAAUUCCAAGUAAACAGUGUUAAUGCUAACAAACCUAUGAUAAUAAUUUAAAAAGAACAGUGGCGUUCAACUGACAACUAAAACAAUAAAAACACAAAUUUGAAUAGGGUUGAAGCCCUUUACAAUGUAGGUCUGAAAAUGCUGCAUUAGAUUUUUUACACAUGACAAAGUCUGCUAAACUAAAUAUCCUCGUGUAACAUGAACACAAACCAUUGUAUUUCGUUCAUGGUACUUGCUUUUACCCCUGGAGUGCUAAUAAUUCUACUGCAAACAACCCAGAAUGAAUGUUUAAAUCUUUGUGGAACUUACAGGAGUUAAGAACCUUUGUAGUAAAUCAUUUCAAUAUCAGUUUACCACUAUGUAAAUUAUGGAUGUAUUUGUUUUAAGAUUUUAAUAUUAAAAGUCAUAUCUGAGAAUCUUUGCUUUUAUGGUAAAAAGUCUAUUAAU